AUGGAUAAUUCAAUAGCCCAUGGAACCUAUGCGCUAAAACAAGUGAUUGGUCGCGGGGCUUAUGGUGUUGUGUACAGAGCAGUGAAAAGAGGCACGAAUAAACCAUGUGCGAUUAAACAGAUCGAGUUUGAAGAUGAGAGCGAGUUGAACGAACAUAUGCUUGAAAUUGACUUAUUGAAGAACCUUAGGCACCAAAAUAUCGUGGAAUACCGGGGCUUUAUACAGAAAGCUCAUGAGUUGUACAUUAUAUUGGAAUACUGCGCUCGUGGUUCACUCCGAGAUAUAUUGAAACAUGGUCCGUUACUGGAAGAUGAUACCGUCAACUACGUUACACAGACUUUGUAUGGAUUACAAUACUUGCACGAGCAAGGUGUUAUCCAUAGGGAUAUCAAAGCAGCGAACCUUCUAUUGACUGAGGAAGGAAUUGUUAAAUUAGCUGACUUUGGUGUUUCUACCAGAAUUAAUAGAAUGGCUAUGACUUAUGCGGGGUCUCCUAAUUGGAUGGCACCCGAAGUUAUGACAGGUCAAGGUGCAUCAACUGUUAGUGAUAUCUGGUCGCUCGGAGCGACUGUCGUCGAGCUAUUGACGGGAAAUCCGCCAUUUCACAACCUCGUGAAUGAAUCUGCAUGCUAUGCGAUAGUAAACGAAGAAUACAUACCACCCUUGACAUUAUCAGCUGAAUGCAAAGACUUCUUAUCUCGAUGUUUCCAAAAAAACAUGUUUAAACGUGCCACCGCACAAGAACUACUAGCUCAUAUAUGGUUGAAGAAAAUACAGAAACCCAAAUCGAAGAUAAAUUUGGCAGAAUAUAUUGAGAAAGAUGGUAAAUGGGAUGUGGAUUUUGUUCUUGAUUCCAAUACUGAUAUGACACCAUCUCCUACAAAAUCUCCAAUUCAAGAAGAUUUAGCCCCUGCUGAUUUUAGAACUUUAUCUGUCGAUCAGCUUUUCAUAGAACAUUCUACGGACUCGAUAGUUGUGGGGUUAAUAAAAACCUUAAACGAACUAACCGCGAUCAAAGCUGAUGCUACUGCGUCUGGUUCUUUAAGCAACAGAACAUUCGAGAUUCUAAAAUAUGACAAACAAUUCAAUCAUACUGCUUUGAAGGAAAAAUUUAUUGAUAACGGUGGAACACCACUACUUAUUUCACUACGUUUUGAAUCUGUUUUGGCUGCAUUUUUCGAAAAGAGCGUUAAACUACUUAUACAGUGCGGUAUACUUUCACAUUUUGACAGUUUAAAAAAUUCACGAUUAACAGUGUUAGUAAGCUAUUGUUAUAGAACUCUCACUUCUCAUGAUAUAUGGAACCAGUGGUGUCUUAGUCAUAAAGAUAAAAUAUCAGCAUGUGUCAAUGCGGAAUUGACCUCAACCAAGUACAUUGAAGCAGAAAAACUAUUAAUUCACGUUUCUAUGAUAAAAGAUUUCCCAUUAAGUGUACCAAAAUUAAUGCUAUUUGCCAAAAAAUAUAAGCACUUACAACACUGCAUUUUCACUUCCCUCAAUAAUUCCAUUAAGAGAACGAUAGUCAAUGUACCAACCUCUAAUUUGAUACACGGUAAACUUUUUUAUGAGAAAUCAAACUUUCCGGUAACUAUACAAGAGUGGUUACUUGAAAUGAUCACUCACGUCAAACGAAAGGCUACGGAUCCUUUCGUAGAAUUAUGCUUCCACGUAUGUCAUUUAAACAAUAAAAGCAUUGAACUACUUAUGAAAGACGGUCAUUUCUUAGCUUUAACCAAAACCCUCCUGAAGUCAUCAAAUCAUUCUUCAUUACCGUGGUGUUUAAAUUUGUGCAGUGAAUAUACGAAAAAUUUAAAGGCUGAAGAUAUAGGAACGAUGAUCGACAUCGGAAUAUCUUCACUACCUAUCGCAAACUGUCUUCCAAACAGUAUUGAGAUACUUUUAAAUUGUUUCAAUGUUGCUCAACAAAUUGAGUCACCAAUAGUACUCCAUAACGAAAGUGUUACAAUUGGUAAUCAUAACAUCCCGUUCAGCCUGCUAGUUGCAUCUUUCUACCAAGAUAACGGAAGAUUUGAUAAGUAUAUCACAAAGUACACAAAAUUAUGCUCUCUACCAGUAGGAGGUAAGAUAUGCAGCGAAGUUCUCAAGCAAGAGAGAUUCAUUGGAAGAAUCCAUGAACUUUUCGGUACGUUCAAGACAUCACUAAUAAUUCAAAUCGAUUUACUCAAGUUUUUGAAGGUUUUAGUCAUACAGACAAACGAACAAGGGAAGAGUUCAUACUUUAACAAACUCGAAACCUUGGCAAAAUUCCUUUCAAGUAAUUGGAAAAAUACACAAACCUUUACACCAAUCAAACAGGGUCACCAAAAAGUAGGGGCUGAUUCGGUAUUAAUUCAUCAGCUUUGUCAAGAUAUACAGAAUUUGAUUGUCAUGUAG